AUAACAUAUUGUAUUGUUAAUAUGGCAUCCAUUGAAAUGUCUGCGUAUGAGGAUAUUAAACGUGAAGAUCACACAUACGACGUUAUAAAGAAACAAAUUGAAACAAAACAUGAAUUUAAACCAUCGUUGAAGCAAUGGUUAUUUUUAUUUAUUUUAAUAUUAACUUUGCUAGUGUUGUCUGGUGUUGUAGUUUGGACGGUGACAUAUUUUACGGUUCGUGGUACAAUGGAAAUACAGGUGCAGGAGAUCAAUACAGACAUGGAUGCAAUUGAGGAAAAACUUGAAAAAAUGCACAAUGAUAUUAAAUGCAUUGGGCUUCUUGGGCUUAUGCCGAAAGAUUGCAGUGAUUGGUGUAUCAGUAAAAAAACCUCUGAGUUUAUUACAGUUUACUUUGAUAGUUACAGAAAUGUGGCUGUGCUUUGUGAGAAAGGGGGUUGGACUGUCAUACAAAAGCGGUUUAAUGGUGCUGUUGAAUUCCACAGAAAUUGGAAAGAUUAUGAAAAUGGAUUUGGAGACUUACAUGGGGAGUUUUGGUUAGGCAACAAGAAUAUAGCACAGCUAACAUCAGAAGGAAAUCAUGAACUUAGAAUCAAUGUGGAGGACUGGGAUAGAAACAAGCGUUAUGCAGUUUAUAGAAGCUUCUCAAUAGGAAACGCAUCUACAAAAUACCGAUUAAACAUCAGCAAUUACUCAGGAAACGCAGGUGACGGAAUGAGCCAAUUUAAUGGGAUGAAGUUCUCAACAUAUGAUCAAGAUAACGACAAAUAUGGUUACAACUGUGCUGAUCAUGUCUACUUCAAAGGUGGAUGGUGGUUCAAUAACUGUUGGAAUUCAAAUAAUGCCGCCAUUCUAAAUGGACAUUACACCCAUAGAAAUAAUACUUCUCAGGGUAUUAUUUAUAAAUUGCUUAAAAAAACCUCUCUGAAAAAAUCCACCAUGAAGAUUCGGAGGUUGUAAUUGCGAGUAUUACUAUCAAUAAAUGCAAGCAAAUGAUAUA